CUGGUUGGGCUUCAAGAGUAACGAGCGGAGCAAGGAUCGUAUUUUCAUAUCGUUUUCCACCUGCAGCCGGCAGCUCAAAGACGGACAAACGCCUAUAAGAGGAUUCUGAAGCCAGAAGAAGAGCAUCACGGUGUCGAUUAACGGUGGUUAACGGAGCUGCGUCUGCCCGUUAGCAUUAGGUCCAUUAGGUAAACGGAGCGCCGUCCUUCCCACAUCAUCACCAGGUCAUGAGCGGAAGAGUCGGAGACCUCAGUCCUAAACAGGCUGAAGCGCUACAGCAGUUUCGAGAGAGGAUACAAGACAUUCUUCCUCAACUUCCUGCACAGCAUGACCACUUCCUGUUACGCUGGCUCAGAGACUGAGGUCGACUGCAGUGAUGAAGGACGGCCUUGUUCUGACGGUUUAUCUAACAGAGGUCCAACACUCUACUCCAGAAACUUUAACGUGCAGAAGUCUGAAGCCAUGCUGCGGAAGCAUUUGGAGUUUAGGAAACAACUGAAAGUAGACGUCAUUAUUACCGAAUGGCGCCCACCAGAGGUGAUAGAGAAGUACCUGUCAGGAGGGAUGUGUGGCCAUGACCGUGAAGGAAGCCCCAUUUGGUACGAUGUGAUUGGACCAGUGGAUCCUAAAGGCCUCUUUUUGUCCGCCUCUAAACAAGAUUUCAUUAAAUCUAAAAUCCGAGACUGUGAGAUGCUGCAGAGAGAAUGUAACCUCCAGUCUGAGAGGUUGGGGAGAAAUGUGGAGUCGAUCACCAUGAUUUACGAUGUUGAAGGUCUAGGUCUGAAACACUUGUGGAAGCCUGCAAUAGAAACAUAUGGAGAGAUUCUGCAGAUGUUUGAAGACAACUACCCAGAAGGUCUAAAGAGACUGUUUGUCAUAAAAGCUCCAAAACUCUUUCCUGUGGCCUACAACCUCGUCAAGCACUUUCUGUGCGAAAACACAAGACAAAAGAUUUUUAUUCUCGGAGAGAACUGGCAGGAGGUUUUAUUAAAGUACAUCGACGCAGAGGAGUUACCAGUGAUAUACGGGGGCAAACUGACAGACCCUGAUGGAGACCCUCGCUGUCGGACCAUGAUCAAUCACGUCGGCCCGGUGCCGUCAUCCUACUACGUUUGGGAUCACGUGAACUUGGAGUAUGACCAGUGUUUGACGAUCAAUCGAGGCUCUACCAGACAAAUGGACUAUGAGAUACUGUUUCCGGGCUGUGUCCUUAGGUGGCAGUUUGCCAGUGAGGGGGCAGACAUCGGCUUUGGUGUCUUUCUGAAGGCCAAGAAGGGUGAACGGAAGAAGGCAGCCCAGAUGGAGGAAGUGUUGCCCAGCCAGCGCUACAAUGCCCACUUAGUUCCCGAGGACGGCUCACUGACCUGUGACCAGCCUGGAGUCUAUGUGCUGAGAUUUGACAACACUUACAGCAUUUUCCAGGCCAAAAGAGUUAGUUUUACAUUUGAGAUCCUGCUGCCAGACCACCUACAGCCCCCCCAAGUGAAUGGAAGUUCCUGCAACAGCACACAAGCUGAAGGCAACAGUCUGUCAUAAUGCAAGAAGAUGAUCAACAACACAUCAGUGUUGUUGAUUAGCCAAAUGUUUGCACAGCCUGUAAUAAUUGAUGUUGACAGAAGCAAGUUCACCAAAGCGGUUUCACACCCGUGGUCUCUACAGUGGUAUCAGGUUCAUUAUCUAAAUAUCAGGGGCUUGCUGGUACGCCAAAGACAGUGGUAUGUACCACGAUGUUGACGUCACAAUUCGGUUCAAACAAUUAUUUAUAAAGACUUUUUUUUGUACAAAUUUCAAGUACCGUAAAUACAUUUUUCGUGUGGUCAGGUGUUGCUGCUAAUUGUGUCCCUAAUUGUGUCGCUAAGUUUAGUUAAAAUUGCGGGAAGCAAAUGAACGACACGAGCGAGCAGCACUUGGUUCCUGGGUCCUGUCACAAAUGUCUACCGGAGGAAGUUGGGACUUUUUUUACGCAACGCACUAACACAGAUACCGUCAACACAUUCCGAAAGUAUAAGGUUACUCACGUGAACCAAAGAUAAAUUAAUAGCAGUGAAUAAGUACGUUUUCAGACUAUUUGAUUGAAAAUUGUAAAGUUUCACACUAGUGUGCCGCAACACAGUGGUUGAGAAUCAAUGAAGUAUACAGUUAGGGUAGGAAGUAAAUACAAGUAGUUCUUAAAAAUGUAUGUUGAUGACCCUGCUGUAAGUCACCAAAAUAAAUUAAAUUUAAAAUUA